AUGAUGAAUUUUACAUCUCCACCGAGCAAUGACCCUAUAAAAAAGAUCCAGAAUUUAUUGAAUAAUUCCUUGCAUUCAAUAAUGGAUGUAGUAAGUAAUUUGUCAUAUAAAGGUGAACCAAAAGAAUUAGUACUUGAGAAAUAUAAUGUGAGUGAUUAUUCUUAUUUUACAAAUUUGUUAAAAGAAGAAGAAAAUAAGGACAAAAGAGAUUUAAUAGAUAAUAUAGAAGAUGAAAAAAAAUUAAUAAUUAAGAAUAAUGAAGAAGAAAAUAAUUAUUUUAUUAAACCAUAUUUUGAAGAACCAUUAAAAAAUGAAAUAUUAGAUAGGGUUGAACGAAUGAAUUUAAUUUUGAAUAUGAUAGAUGAAUCAAUUGAUGAUCUUCCGGAUUCUAUAAUGAAUGAGGAAGAAAAAUGUGAGGAAAUUAAAAAACUGCAAAGAAAAAAAGAUGAAGCCAAAGAGGAAUUAAAGACUUUAUAUAAAGAAUAUGAUGAUCUAUAUAAUUAUGUUACAGACCACCUAAGAUAUUAUGCUAUUAACAUGAAAUAA